AUGGGCCUCCACAACCCGCUGCCGUCGUCUAUGGCGUCGGAAUGCAAAAAGUGCGGCAAGAUCCUGACCUCCUUCAUCGACCCGAGGCAAGCUUUCAGUCCCGACAAGAUCAUCCCCCCUUCGAUCCUCGCCAACGCGAAGGGCCUCGCGAUCCUCACCGUCCUCAAGGCGGGCUUCCUCGGUUCCGGCCGUUUCGGUAGCGGCCUCGUCGUCUCGCGCCUCCCCGACGGAUCAUGGAGCGCGCCAAGCGCCAUCGGCACCGCGGGCGCCGGCUUUGGCGGCCAGAUCGGUUUCGAGCUGACUGAUUUCGUCUUCAUCCUCAACGACGCCAAUGCCGUCAAGACCUUCGCGCAGGCGGGCUCCCUCACCCUCGGCGGCAACGUCUCCAUCGCCGCCGGUCCCGUCGGUCGCAACGCCGAGGCCGCCGGCGCCGCCUCGCUCAAGUCCGUUGCAGGCAUCUUCUCCUACUCCAAGACCAAGGGUCUCUUCGCCGGCGUUUCCCUCGAGGGUUCCGUCAUCAUCGAGCGCCGCGACGCCAAUGAGAAGCUCUACGGCACCCGAUAUACCGCGGCCCAGAUCCUCACCGGAAGUGUCCGCCCGCCUGCUCAGGCCGCGCCCCUCAUGAACAUCCUCAACUCGCGAUCUUUCAACGCCGGCCGCACCGGCCAGGCGGACGACGCCAUGUACAACGACAUCCCCGUGUACGACCAGAGCCACGACGACGUGGUAUGGAACGGGCGCCGGGGCAGCGGUUUCGGCGAGGGAGAGUUCAACAACAACCGCCACAGCACGUUCGGUGGGAGCCACGCCGGCGCGGACGAGUUCGGCGGGCCCAAGAGGUCCAGCACCUGGCAGGACGACGUCUACGACCGGCCCACCGGCGGCGGCGGCGGCUUCGGAGGGGUCUCGCGGUCCAACACAUUCGCGUCAAGAGGCAACGACAGCUACGUCUACAGGGACAACCCGUCGCCCAGCAACAGCUUCGGGGCCGUGUCGGACCAGAAGACGGGGCCGCCCGGUAGACCCGCGGCGCCCAAGCCCAACUUCGCGUCCAAGACGGCGAUGCUCAAGAAGAACGAGGCCGUGGCGCUCUUCACCUUCGAGGCGGAUCAGCCCGGCGAUCUCGGCUUCAAGAAGGGCGACGUCAUCACGGUGCUGAAGAAGACGGAGAACGAGACGGAUUGGUGGACCGGCAUGAUUGGAACGAAGCACGGCAUCUUCCCGAGCAACUACGUCAAGAUGAAGGAAUAA